AUGGAGCUCAUCAGCGUCCAGCAGCUGGUAAGUGGCGACAGGUAUGAGGGGAAGGUGCGGGCCUUCGAGGUGCUGGCGAGGGGAGCAGCGCAGGAGCCCGAGGGCUGGCGGCAUGGCGUGGCUGGGGUCCGGGAUCCCGUCAGCGAGGAGAAGCAGAAGGUGAAGGAAGAGAGGAAGAAGAAGCUUGAGACGUUCGACAGCACCCGGGUGCGGCUGGAGAGUCUCCAAGACCUGGAGGCGAUCGUGAGGCUGCGGAAGCACAAGAGGAGCCGGAAGAGGGUCCGCCCCAAGGAGCCCGAGCCGGCUGUGCCGGUGAGCAAUGCCCCUGCCAAGCCUGUGGAUGCUGCCCAGUUCCUGCAGGCGGUGCUGGAGAACCAGGUUCCCAUGAUUGACAAGUACCUGGCAGACGGUGGGGACCCCGAUGCUCACGACCAGUUCAGGUGCACGGCGCUGCACUGGGCCUGCCUCCGGGGCCAUGCAGAGAUCGUGGACAAGCUGCUGGCGGCUGGAGCCAGGCUGGAGCCCAGGGACAUGCUGGAGGCCACGCCUGUGCUCUGGGCCUGCCGCGGGGGGCACCUGGACGUUCUCCAACGCCUGCUGGACAGAGGAGCCAAGAUCUCCACGCGGGACAAGCUGAGGAGCACGGCGCUGCACGUGGCCGUCCGGACGGGGCACUGUGACUGCGCCGAGCACCUGAUCGCCUGUGGGGCCGAGAUUGACGCACAGGACAAGGAGGGGGACACGCCCAUUCACGACGCCAUCCGGCUGGGCCGCUUCAAGGCUGUGAAGACCCUGCUGAUGUAUGGUGCCAACCUCAGCGUCCGGAACCAGGAGGCCCUGCGACCCGUGGACCUGGUGAAGGACUGGCAGAGGGGCAUCCGGCAAACCUUGCAGGCGUGUGCCGACCAGCAGCACCCCCCUCGGCUGCACUGA